AUGCACACAGUCGCAUACUCCCUAGGAAUCUAUUUGCUCAACCUCUUCCUCGCCUUUCUACAACCUAAGUUUGACCCGUCCAAUGAAGCCAUAGACAACGAUAUGGAGGAUGGUUCGGCUGGCGGACUACCCACGAAACAAGACGAGGAGUUUCGUCCAUUUAUCCGACGACUGCCAGAAUUCAAAUUCUGGUAUUCAGCAACGAGGGCAAUCACAAUUGGGUUUGUCUGCACUUGGUUUGCCAUCUUCGAUGUUCCAGUAUUCUGGCCAGUGUUGGUUGUUUACUGGUUAAUUUUGUUCGCGUUAACAAUGCGGAGACAAAUCCAGCAUAUGAUCAAAUACCGUUACGUCCCCUUCACAUUCGGCAAGGCGAAGUACAACAAGAACAGCUCAUAA